CUUUUUAUUUCGUAUUUAGCGCGUUCUAUAAUGGAAGUACUACUUUAAUCGAAUAUUUAAACCGAAACCCCAAAACCAAAGCACAUUGCUUUUUUAAGUUAUUGAACCAUAUUAAAAAAGAUAGGGUAGUCCGCAUGAACAUGGAUCACUCGUAUUGACCUUGACUGUUCAGAAAGAUAUACCAUCCUGGAAUGAAAUAAAAGACUACUAGCUCUAACAGUAUGGGUGCGAACGUGUAAAGUCAGUCAAUGACUUACAUUCCUAAACCUUUUCUGUUUCCUUUUUGAUGAAUACCAGACAUGUAUUGCUGCUCCAAUUGACGCUCACGCUCGUGUUCGAAUCCACCCUUCUUUUCUUUAGGAGCAAUGUCUUGUCCACCUCCGUUGAUUCCAAGCAUUUUUAGAAACUUGGAUUUUCUUUGGUUACCUCCAGAUAACUGUGAUGCCAACCAAUAAUCCCUGUUUCCCUCAUCAGACUUUUCCUUUUGUCCAUCAGUGGCUGCUGGAUUUUUAGAAUUUUUCUCCUUUUCAGUAGAUUCUAAUCGAAAUUGUCAACUUAAGCAUCCUUAAUUGAACUUACCAGUUGAUUUCUGCUUCGCUUUCUUGCUAGUGCUAUCCUCUGACUUUUUUUUAGAACUAGAUAGGAUUAGUACAGUAGAUUGUAUAAAGAACUUCAUACUGUAACUUUUUUACUUUGUGCUUGAGCUUUUUAUAUUGUUUUAAUUCAUCCUUGCCUAAUGAUACCGGUUAGUCAAUAUUUCGUCCAAACGAAAUCAUACUCAAAAGUUUUUUUUCUUCAGACUUUAAUUUCCGAAAAUCGGAAACACUAGAGCCCCAAAUUGGUGCCUUCUUCUCUUUCUUUGAGACUUUUGAAGAUGCCAUGGUAUGAGAUGGUAAAUGGUAGGUAAUCUCAUAACAGAUUAAAUCCUCACUGCAAGGACAGAUAAAGGCAAACGUUAAAAGGGAAUAGAAAAGGACUAAUGUAAAAAAGCUACUUUAAUCAUGUGUGGUUCCUUUUUCUUUUCUUUACGGAACUGAACUUCAUGAAAAUCGGCUAAAGUCGAAUUCAUAAUAUAUCCAGCUAGCUCUCAGCAUCCGGUUUCUUUUGGACUUGCUCCUGAAUUUCCGAAUUUUCCAACAGUACUGUAGCACCUUCUGGUUGUUUGGGCGUAUAAUUGUCAUUGUCCACUUUCUUUUCGGACAUAGUAGCCUUCUGUUCUUUGGGUGUGCUAGAAGUGUCUUCUACAUUUUCAGUUUCUUUGCUUUUCUGCAAUUGUGAACGAAGGGAGCUGAUCAUACUGUUUCGACUUUGUAGCAACAUCUCUAAAGUGCUCAACGACUUUGCGUAGUAGUCGACCUCUUGUAAAAUAGGAAAUCCAAGAGUUUUGCGCAACAGAUUGACAGUUCGAUCCUUGGCUGUUAUCUGACGAACCUUCUGGUCCAAGGGAUUAAGCGAACGAGGUUGACGCUGUUGUUGCUGAGCCAUUGUAGCUUGCAUCCAUGCUUCUUUCUGUUUCUUUUCUUCAAAACUUUUUUUAUAUUUUUGAAUAGCACCUUUUGCCGUGUCCACAAUGUGUUGGAAGCGAACGGGCCCUAGCAAUUGCCCGCCAUACCAUCGAACACAAACGACAAUUCCAUAAACAGAUUCUUUAAUCAAUGUGUUUAGAAGUUUCUGUCCAGAAUAUUCCUCACCGUCAUCAUUGAAUGCUUCCACUUCACCUGGAAAUCUCCAAGCUUGCAUUUUAUGAUUGCAAUGCUUUAACUCACUGCAUUCCUGAAACAUAAACCGGUAGGAGGGAAGGAGUUUCGGAUCAUCAGAAGGAAUAAAAUAGCUUAAAAAGGUAGAUUCUCUAUCCGUAAUCAAAUUCGACAUGAACGAGCAUUCUUGCAACGACUGAUUGGGAACAGUAAGAGCCAAUCCUUGACCUCCAAAUUUCAGCUGUGCUUGACGUUGGGCCAUUUCAUUUCAUUUAAACCGAAGUCCAAGGCAAGGGAAGCCGAUUGCGACGCUUUUGCUCACGAUAGAAGAGAGCCAAGAACAAUCGGGGUUCGGUUCCCUUUUUUUUUGAAUAACCCAUAUCCCAAAUCCAUUUCUUAUUUAAAUGUCAUCUUCGAAAAAAAAACUUAAUUGUUUUUUGAGAAACGGCUAUAUUUUAUAAAUCCUUCACAUUGUCUUUGGAACAUAUCCUGUAAGGAUACUCACUUUCUAAUCAGUCGAUAUAGAUAUUCAUGAAAGUUUUUAGAUCUAUUUAUAUACAUACUAGUAUAGUCUUUUAAAGUCUAAACUCAUCUAUAACAAGCGGUUCAUGGUCAGUCAAAUCGCUGGAUAAAUUCCCAAUUCUGAAUCGCUGGAUAAAUUUUUUUUAUUAAAUCAAUAUAAGUGUAAAUGAUUAUAAAUUCUCUCAUCAUUUAAUUGAACUUGACGACGCGUCUUUCUUUCUCUAAUUUCGGUGACUAUACUAACGUACUUGUUCUCUACAGAAAACAACGGAUUCUCUAAGAUGGCUCUGAGAGGUUUAAAGAAACUAGCAUACCCAUUGCUCCCAGUGAGAGGAAAUAUUUUAAAUCCUUUAGGAAAAUUUCAACAGAAUUUAUACGGUGGUUCGAAAGUUGAAGUUGGACAUAACAAAAUCCCAAAAUUUGGUCAUAAGACAAAGCGAACAUGGACUCCCAAUGCUCAUUUCAAAUGGCUUUACUCUGAAACUCUUCAAGAAAAAAUUCAUUUACUAGUUACCUCUAAGGUAUUGCGCACAAUUGAAAAAGAAGGAGGACUUGACCAAUACUUAAUUAAAUCAACGCCCGGAAGAUUGAAAACACUUGGAAUGAGAGGAACUGAAUUAAGAGCCCUUGUGUUACAUAAAAAGGGAGUUCAAAAUCCUGUGAUCGAACAACUUCCCAGGGACGAUGAAGCUCAACGACGCUACUUGGCGAAAGUACGCGAAGUCGUAUUAAAGUUAAACCGAAGCAAAAAGUUUUAUCAUAAAAUUAAGAGUCUUGUUGGUCAGGAAAAACCCGAAGCGGUUGCUUAAAUUCACGAUAAAUGAUAGUGAUUUCCCAAAAAAAUCCUACACCUCCCAUUUCCUACAAAUUUCAUUUCCAUAGCUCACAAUUUUUUGCAUUGAAGUACUGCUUCAUAUUUUCGUUUCUUAAGUUUCGUUCUCUUAUACAAGGGACGGGCGAUAUCUCAAAAUCCUUGAAGUGUUUACCCUCCUCCCCCCUCUUGCUUGGAGGUCGAUUUCCUUUUCCGUUGUCUUACCAGUACUAAAUUCUUCUUGUGAUGAUUUUCGAAAACAUACAACGGCCGUGAAAGGAUUGCUUCAUCCUUCAAUAAUAGUGAUUAGCGACUACCAUGUUCGAUCAUGUCUAAAGACUUUAUUACCUGAGUUUUCUUUUCGUUCAGGUUGACGCAUCCUACAAUUGGUUAUAUGUACUGCACUAAGAAAAAAUUAAUAUUCAUUUGUAAGUUACCCUACAUAAAGAGAGCUGCGCUUUGUUAUUUCCUUCUUGAUAUCUAAUUCUAGCACUACGUAUAAAGCAAGUAAUAAUAAAGUAGACCGUCAUUGAAAAUAAAGUACGUUAAUGUUUGU